GGCGAGGCGUAUCACCGUCGGUAUCAGUGUGAUUCACGUUUUCCGCCGAUAAACAAUAAAUUCGUUACGAUAUUGUUACGACGAUAUGGGUAGGCACGACGAGUGUUUACGUCUCGCGUCGCGUCGUACACACCGCGCGGGCGGGUAGGCACUAUAUCGUCUUGCGGACACAUUUCGCAGUCAAUCCGAGACGACAAUAACCACCGCUGCGACUGCGUGUCGUCGAGCAGUCGGCGGACGAACUGACAUUAUUCCGUACAACCACCGACCACCGUACAGUCAACAACAGUGCCCGUGUGCGCCUGCACCAGCUACUUCCGUCCGGUGAAAAUAAUAUCAUAAGACAACGAUGAUCGUGACGACCGCAGAUAGGUAGGUACGAAUAAUUAACGACGACAACAACAAUGAUAUUAUCACAGUCGUAAUGUACCGCCGCAGAAGCGAACAAAAGUGAGACACGAGUUUCCCGCGCAAUAAAUAUUAAUUACUAUAGCGUUGCACUGUAAUACGCCUGUACGACAAUCGAACUCACGUCCUGCGCACAGAUCGAUGUACGCGCGAAGUCUCAUAUAUUAUUACCUAUCUGCUGUUUAAAAUGAAUUGAGAGCUGUUGUGUCGCGUGCUUUCGGCGUUCACUUUUUCAUUUUCCGACGUGUGUCUGUUAUUGUAAUGCUGCGACGCGUGCAGUAAACCGGCCUCGCACACAACCGCAGCUGACAGACCACUGGACCGGAAGAACACGCGAACCGGUUCGAUGGCGAAUCGCAAUACCGGAAGUUGCUGUUGUAGCGACGACGACGAUGACGACGACGAAGAAGAAGACGAAGAAGACGAAGACGACGAUGACGACACCAGCGGAUCGUGUUCGAGCUGUUCGACCGCAGAAGCCGACGACGACGAUGACGGCGGCGUGACCCGACGGCGACUGACUUCCGGAAGGACGACUGCUGCGGCCGCGGCCACGUCGUUCGACCUGCUGGACGCCCGGCGCCUGCCGGACCUGUUGGACGCCGAACGACUGGUGGCCGUGCUGGACGGGUGUCUGGAAUCGGAGUACGUGCGUGGCUGCGUGGUCGAGACGUGGGACGCGGUGCUCAGCGAACACCUGGAGGCCAUCGCGCACCUGGUACUGUACCAGACACCCGAGCACGCCGUCAGCCAAGCCGUGUACGAACAGCUCGUCGGACUGUCCACGUCCCUCCGGCCGCCCGCCAACGACGACCAGCACCAACAGCAACAGCGGCCGGCCCGCGUGGACGCGGCACGGGUGUACGGCACGCUCAGGUCGGCGGCCCGGUCGCUGCUGACCACCCGGGUGGACGCGUGCUGCCGGCAGAGCAUGUGUCGGGCCGUUGGGCUAGCCGUGGCCGCGCUCCGGUGCAGCACGCGGCCCGUGUUUUCGGUGGAAAACUUCGUGGUCGAGAUCAACGAGGCGGCCAACUUCGCCAACCUGUACUGCACCGGGUACGCCAAGCGCAUAUGCGCCGCGCUCGAGGGCAUCUACGACACGGUCAUGGCCGGCGACUACCACCCGACCAACGUCGUGGUCCAGAUGGCCGUCAUGGACAAGUGCAUCAGGGCGGCGGUGCGGACGCUCGCCGACGGCCGGGCGACGGCCGCACAGAAGACGGCCGCCCAGCGGUCGCUGCUCGCCGAGCUCGACGACGUGGGCGCGACGGUGCGCAUGAAGAACCACGGUUGCGUGGACGACGCGGCCGCGGACUCGCAGCAGCGACGCCAAGUAGCUGUGGCCACGGCGUCGUCCACGGCGGCCAGGUUCGUCCACUUCACCAUGAGCCCGUGGCGGGCGCCCAUCCGCAUGUACCACCAACAGUCGCCGACCAGCGUGGACCAGGUGCUCAGGGCCACCGUCCGCUUGGUCGAGGCGCUCGUCGCCGAACUGUUCAAGCCGUGCCUGAGCGGCCGGCACCGCGCCCCCCGUCACAUCCGCCGCCGCCGCGCGUGCAGCAGCCGUCAGAUGCACGACAAACAGCUCUAGGACCGCCCACAUUUUUAUCCGUGUAAAUAUCAUACGUUUUACCCGAUCCUCGCGAUCUAUAACCUACCUACCCUUGCUUAUCACAUUAUAUGCGAACCACGCGAAUUUUAUUUUUAUUAUUAUUAUUUUUUUUAUUACCAUUUAAUUGUGUGUAAAUUUUAUACUUAACUUUAGUCUUUAAAUUAUUUUAUUUAUAUUUAUAUCGAGAUUUUCAAGGAAGAAAUCGGAGCGUAUCGAUACGUCUCGGAUUUGCAAUUUAUUGAGCGAUCGAUACCUACCGAGCCGUAUCGGACUCAGACUUCACGGUGUGGUACAAUUAUUCCUUAUCGACACGUAACGAAUUUUUAUUCUUGAAAAUCUUAUAAUUUUAUUUCAUACUCGUGUCAGUGUGCUGUACAUAAUUGUUAUUAAAUGGCAAAACAAUUUUAUAAUA